UUCCAUCAUUUCACAAUGAGUCUGCUGACAAUAACUCUAUUUAUUUGUAAACUCCUGGGAAAGCUGUGGGUACUGUUUGGCCUGGGUGUUCAGGUUAGCAUCUUAAGCAAUGCUUCCACUUUCACAAGAUGCCCUGAAGCCUGUAUCUGUACUGCUGACCUCCUGAGCUGUUCCAGGAAAAACCUUCGGCAUGUCCCUGUUACAUUGCCUCCGACAGCUAUCACCUUGGAUCUCAGCCACAAUGCUAUUGUUCACCUUCAUGAUUAUUGCCUGACCACUUUGCCACAUCUUGAAACCUUUAGGAUUAGCCACAACAAAAUAAAAAACAUCACUCAACGUGUGUUUCGCAAUGCUACCUACCUUCUGCAUCUGGAUAUGUCCUCCAACCAUCUGCAAACUGUGGAAAAAUACUACUUUGAAGACCUUGUGAACUUGAAAGAGCUUCUUCUUUACAAUAACAAGAUAGUGCAAGUAGAUGGAAAAGCUUUCACGACAUUAAUCAAUUUGCAAAAGAUCUAUCUAAGUUGGAAUAGGCUAACAAAAUUUCCAUUUGAGUCUAUUCAAAAACUUGAACAUCCUUAUCUAAGGAUGCUUGAUCUUUCUGCCAACAACCUAAGCAGCAUUCCUAUUCAAGUCAUAGCAGCUUUGCCGACGUACAUUAAAAAUGGCUUAUAUUUUCACAACAACCCUGUGAAUUGUGACUGCUCUCUGCAGGAGAUGCUCCAGGAAUGGAAACAUCGCGGUUACAGUUCUGUGCAGGAUUUCACAGAGGAGCACACUUGUAAAGCCUACCCCAAUAUGCUCUCCUUAAUUAAGACCUUCAAUUACAAUAAAUAUUUUCAAAUGUGUUCUUGGAACCAAAGGAAGUUUGACAUUCCAGAAGUGCUGUGCAGAGUGGGAGAAUCCUUGGUAAUAGACUGCAACACCAGCCUCCAUGAAGACAAUACCACCACUUACAGGUGGAUCUCCCCACGCCAUGAAUUAUUCAUGUAUCCUGAGCACAGCGAUCAGACACAUCAACCUUUAAAAAAUGGAAGCUUAAAGAUCAUCAAUGCCAACCGGUCGUACUCAGGUGUUUAUGAGUGCAUAGCCAUCAGUGAUCUCCAAAAGAUCAAUGAAACGUAUGAAGUUAAUGUGACAGUCCACUACUCCAAAUUAGUGGAAUCUUUCAGUACUAGCCUCACAACCCUCCUAGGGUGUAUUGUAAGCUUGGUAUUAGUGCUGAUGUACCUGUACCUUACACCAUGUUUUUGCUCUAAGUGCUGCAGGAAGCCUACGAGUCCCCCUCCAGACUGCAGUGCCCAAUCCUCUAUUCUUAGUACAACUCCACCGGUCACAGACGGAACAAAUCGCAAGAUCAGUGCAAACAAGCAUGUUGUUUUUCUAGAGCCUAUCAAGGAGAAUCAGAAUGGCAAGGUCAAGCUGGCUGUCACUGAAGACUUUGAUGUGAACCCCCCUAAGCUCCUGAGACUUAAACUGGACUCAGACUCAAUCAGUACAGCUUUUUCUAAUCCCGUCAUGUCACCAGCAGAUGCAUAGCAAACCAACUGCAGAAAGCCUUCUUUAGUAGAUGGUUGCGAUGGUUAAAAAAAAAAAACUUGUUUCCAUCCUGGGAGGAAGAGAGAAGAACACAAGAUAUAUUCAUGGAGGAUUUCCUCACCACAAUCUAUAGAGGAUUUUUAAAAACGUUCUUUGGCUGGAGGAUGAAUCUUACAUCUUACGUUAUCUCCCCCACUAAUUCCUGUGCAAUCGCUCCGGUUCUCUUAGGCAUGGAAAUGAAAUGCAACUCCUUUUAAGCAAGGAAAGGAACAAUUGUUCUCUGCACAUCCCAAAUGAUUGCUGCAUGCUUUGUUCUCAAGAUAAUACAAUGUUCUAGAAGGUUAUCUUCUCCCAUUAGAAAACCGCUGUGGAGUAUAAACUUGUGUUGUGGCUUUGACUUUUAGAGAACAAAGUUUUUACUAUAUAACAAGGCUAUUUUCAUCUUUGCAGAAGACCCAAGUGCCUCAUAUAGCCACAUGGAGACCCUUUCUUACUUGCUCAGAUAUUGCUCUAACUAGCCACUGCUUCAAACAUCAAACAUUUGUGAAGAUAGAUUCCUGAAUCCACCCUUUCUACCAUCUGCAUUGCUUACAAGAAGUUAGCAUAAAAAAACAAACUGAAGCAAUGUUCCCUUUAGAAAGGAAACAAGUAUUGCCCCAGAUGACCAUACUUGGAUAUGUGCAGUUAGCCCAUAGCAAAUCUUAUGUAUAUUCCUGGCUUCAGAAAUCUGCAUGAAUAACAAUUUAUGCCUGGGAAGUACCUGAACUUGGACUGUCUUGAACCUCUAGAGGAAAGCCUUUUCAAUGCUGUGGUUUCUAAGGACACUAUAUCUGAGCCUUCAAGAAUCAAGCUUGAAAUAUACAGAGAACCGCCAUCAAAACUGCUUUCAGUCGACACAAAAUCUUUGCAAGGGGAAGCAAUAAACUUACAUCAGGCCCUAUGCAUGGGUUUCUGCAGGGAAAGCAUGAGAGGGGCAAAUGAUGACGUAUGUGAGGGGUCCUCUCUGAUAUGAGUUGGGUUUUUUGUUUUUUGUUUGGCAGAUGCUUCAUUACCCAAACUGGGUAACAAUCAUCAGUGCUAGUAAAGAAUGGGAUUUGCUUUUAUAGUGGCUCUCCCUGUCAGGAUUGGUGGAAGUGGUCUUAGUGGAUCUUUGGUUGGGCAGUUUGCUUGUUUGGCCGUUCCUUGAUCUGGGCAUUGUUUACUUCUUGAUUAUGGUGUUAAUCUUGGUGUUCCUCUCCACUCGACUGGAUGUUGAUUGCUGGUGGGGAGAAAUUUUAGUCUUUUUCUUCCCUUUUUGGCCUGUUCACUCUCUCCUUUGCACAGUAUAUAAAUGUUGUUUAUAUCUAUGAGACUAUUCAUGGCCAAUCUGACAUGGUGCCCGACUUCCAGAAAUUCUGUACCAUUUUUGGACUUGGCUUGGUCUAGGAUAGUCAGUUUUCCAGUUGAAACUAUGGGUAAGUCUGUCCACGUGUUGUGAAAUUAAAGAUUUUUCAACAUGUUUUCUGAUGAUGUUACCUAAUUUGUGUAAUGAAAUGUCUGAAAGAAAACAACCAAGCUCAGAAAUGUACCAAGGAUCCUCAUUUUAGCCGACAUACGAAUAUUCUCCUUUAUUGAUAACAUACGUAUUAUCAUUUCUGAUGGCACCAUUUGUUGUCAGGCAUCCUGGUGCAAAUAUAUAAUUGCAGCAUUUGUGUGAUUACAUCAUUACACAGGUGUCGUCAUUUUGGCAUCACAGUUUGCUGUGUACAUUGCUGGCAUUACUAAUAUAUGUAGAUAUGUAUUAGCCCUUAAUAUAAAAAAAAAAAGUGUGGGGGGGAGGGGGAAAGCUGAGCAAGUGACAUCAAAGUUCCCAGAUAAAGCACACUCUUUAUUGGUUUAGCCUUCUCCUCGAAGUGGGGUGCACUUAUACUCCUUUCAAGAAAGAAAGCACAACACUCCAUUUCUUGAUCAAACAGCUCUAUAGACUUAUCAAGGUCUUUCUGAAUUAGAAUAGCCAAUGUCUGUGGUUGCGUGUAUUAAAGGAUCCUUCUACAAGGGUACCCGAAACAAGACAACAGGUUGUAAAAUUCAGUUUGUUUAUAUUUUAUUCAGUGUACUUAUGCCUAUAGUGCAUUGUGAAAUUUGGAGCUGAAAUUGAUUUCUUAAAAUGUUCAUCCUUUAUAUAUGAAAAAGCAGAACGUGUUUGCUGAAGGAGCAAAAACCAGGAAACAUAGGUGAUCUAAAGUACAGAAUUUCUAUUGCAUUUCCAAAUAUUUAUUAUUUUGCAGGCCAUUGAGUAAUUGCCAAAUUAUUCCAAAUAAAAUAAUUUGUUUCCAAAACUUAAAAAAAUGAUUUUCAGAAUUUAUUUUGAGGGUAAAGUACACAUUGCUUCUGUAAAAUGCAUGCCAUUCUGAUUAUAAAACAGAAAUAACUCUCCAAAAACAUGUAAUCAGGGAAGAGGUGAUGUAUUGAAAAUCUGAUUAGCUUUCUUCCAUGAAUAUAAUCCUAUAAAGGAGAGGGGGAAUCUGUCAGCCUUUUCAGGUUUCGCUAAGCAAUAGUUCCCAGGGUCCCUCACUAUUAGUGAUGCUAGCUGGAGUCACUGGUCUGGUUAAUCUGUAAAAUCUGGAGGAUCACAGAUUCCUUUUUCCCUGUUCCAACUGUCUAGAAAUUCCCAGAAGGGGCUUUCUUUCAACUUUAUAUCUACUUUAUUUAACAAAUAUAUACAGUCACCCACCUACAAUGGGACUUUCUUGGUGACCAAACAAUAAAACAUAACGCAUACUGAAAUCAAUUAACAAAAUGAAGUUGACAUCAUGGCAAUAACACCUUAAUAAAUGUCCCACACUUAUACAUCACAUCCUCCAUCCAUUAACAUCCUAGAUCUAGUACCUGUCAGAAAAGUGAGAUCUUCAUGUCCUUUUGUGAAAUAUAUGAUGUUCUGCCUAGCUUCUGUAAUUAUUCAACCUAUUGGCAAAGUGCAGGAUUAUGCAAAAGACAAACCCGAUUUCUAUCAAUCAUGUAUUGCUGAAUCUAUGCGGCCACAAUGCUUGAUUUUAUCUGGCAACAGUCACUUGUUUAUCUGGCUUUGAGAACACAGCAUAGUCGAAGUUCAUUGUGAUUUUUAGGCCAUAUAACAAGCAUUAAAAUAUUGGGCCUCUGCCAGUUAACAGAAUAUAUUUUAUUCCAUUCUUAACUUUCCAAACAACUUUACUUUCAAACUUACACUUAAUUCUCACAAUUGAUAUGUCACAGUGUUACUGUCAGUUAUUUCACUGUAUUUGCUAAUUGACGGAAUUCAUUUAUGAGAUGACUAAUUGAAUUUUAAUACCCAUGGGGUGCUAUGGCAAGAAAAUUAUA